AGAUCUGUUAUUAAUUACAUCAGAUGUCAUUCACCCUUUACGAAACAGAGACACACACAUACAUGCAUAAAUAUUAUAUGGAAAUAUUGUCAUUGUAUAACUACUUUCAGCGGAAUAGCUCCCACCGGCUAUCUCUGCCUUCAAUUCUCUCUCUCCCACCAUCCCAUCUCUCUCUGUCGCCCUCCGAUCUCUUCUCCUUCUUCGCUCGCUCCCCUUUUAUCUCCAUCUCGCAUCUUCUCGGAAACUCCCAACGAGAUGCGUAAGCGCCUCUGAAUGAGUUGUUUCUGCUUGCGCUGUUCAAGAAUCGCUCUGUACGUGUUGGUUGGUGGGGUUGCUGGCUUUGAAUUGGUCUCCCUGUAGAUUUGAGGUAACAGUAACACCCAUUUGUUUGGUUCUUCUCUGGGUUGCGAUCAAGUUAUGCACUGGAAGCUAGAGAAGAUCCGGUUGUUCGAGUUCAUCUUUAUUUAAGUAGCAGUGAUGAUCUGGUUUCGCUCUGUGAUAGCGUUUCGAGUUACAAAGUUUGAGUCAGUUCGGUAUUGCACAGGAAGUUAUAGGUUUGUAUUGAUUUUGGAUUGGAUUUGAGCUUCUGAGGAGAAGUUAUCUCAUAUAUAAGUUGAAUAAGAGCUAAAGUGCUUUUUAACUUGCUGGGCCCUUUGAAUAUCCCAUUUUUCAUGUCUGACUUUGGAUUGGAUUUGCCAUAGAAAUCUGUUGAUUGGGAUGUUCGCUACAUGUUCCGCUUCUCGUGCAUUGAUAGGCUAUACUGAGGAGCUAAUGAGUUGAUAGUGCCGAGCUGCUAAACUUUGGAUUGGGUCUGUAUAGGACUUGAGGAGCCUCUUCUGGGACAAACAUUUGCUCUGAGCUUUCUGGGCCUUGCAAAUCUCCCAUUCGGACAACCGAUGGGGGGCUUGGGUUAUCAUCGAGAUGUUGUUAUUUGGUUUUUGACAUUAGAAAGUCCGCUUCCAUAUUGGUGAAGGCUACAAUCAGUCUGCGUGGCAUGGCUUUAUGUGAUGAUGCAUAAUUUCAGCAGGAGCACGUCAUUAAAUUUCAGCAGGAGCACGUCACUAAAUUUCAGCAGAAGCAGUUCAUUUAAUCGCAAGGGAACAGCCUUGAGUGUUGGAAGCCCAAGAGUUAAUGUCCGAUCGAGCUGGGUGUCACGCCAUUUUCGCAUAAUUAUUGUGCUCGGUUACUCGGUCACAUUCCUCCUUGCAAUCUUUGCUAGUUACGCUUUUGUUGUCCCCAAUUUAAAGAUCACUUUCCAUGGGGAUACUUCUUUGAACACGAAUGCAUCCUUAAGUGCUUGUGAUCUUUUUGAUGGAACUUGGGUCCAAGAUGAGAGUUACCCGUUAUACAAUGCAUCAAACUGCCCCUUUACUGAACAAGGAUUCAAUUGCUUGGCCAAUGGUCGGAAAGAUGAUGAAUAUCUCAAAUGGAGGUGGAAGCCAAGAAACUGUGAUAUUCCAAAGUUCAAUGCUCAAAUGGUCCUGGAAUGGCUCAGGAACAAACGGUUGGUUUUUGUUGGAGAUUCCAUGAGUAGGACUCAGUGGGAGUCGCUUAUAUGUUUCCUUAUGACUGGAGUGGAUGAUAAGAAGAGUGUUUAUGAAGUUAACGGGAAUACGAUAACAAAAAGGAUCAGGUUCUUAGGUGUCCGGUUCAGUUCAUUCAAUUUCACCAUCGAAUUUUUUCGGUCUGUUUUCUUGGUACAACAUGGUUGGAUGCCUAGGCAUGCUCCAAAAAGGGUCAGAUCAACGCUGAAGUUGGAUAAAUUGGAUGAUAUAAGCAACCGGUGGGUUGAUUCAGAUGUUCUCAUAUUCAACACAGGGCAGUGGUGGGUGCCUGGGAAGCUCUUUGAGACGGGUUGUUAUUUCAAGGUUGGAGAUGCAUUGAAGCUAGGAAUGUCUAUUCCUACAGCCUUCAAAGUGGCCCUAGAUACCUGGGCUUCAUGGGUCGACCGAACAAUCAAUCAAGCAAGGACAAGAGUAUUUAUUCGCACUUUUGAACCAUCUCAUUGGAGUGAUCAAACUCGAAGGUUUUGCAAUGUGACCCAGUACCCAACUCCAGACACUCAGGGAAGGGAUCGAAGCGUAUUCACGGACAUAGCGUUGGAUACAGUGAAAAACAUGACAGUUCCAGUUACUGUCUUGCAAAUAACAUCAAUGUCGGCUUCUCGGAGUGAUGCCCACGUGGGCACAUGGAGUGAUAAACCGCUUGUGCCCGAUUGCAGCCACUGGUGUCUCCCUGGAGUGCCUGAUAUGUGGAAUGAGAUUCUUCUCUCGCACCUUAUAAGGAUAAGAAGCCACUGACCUCCUCUCCGGUGACUGCUUUACAUUAAAUUGGAGCUGCACUUCCUUCGCUGAGGAUUCCAAAACAAAACAUACAGUUAAACAGACAGGUAAAGAUAAGUUUUGUCAAACGAAUCGAUUUGUUUCUAUUUGUUCUUCUUCACAGUAUUGUUGCGAUUCUUUUGUUUGUUGUACCAGAUGCUGAAAGAUUCAUCAGUGUCUUAGAUGUAACAUUUUUGAGGAUUCUAUAGAUAGGCCUUCUCCGAGUGAUACCGAAUAUGUUGUUUACUAAUGAGGAGAGGUGGGAGUGAUUGGAAUUGUAACAAAACGACGGAAUAAAACAUUCUUCCUCAUCCACAAUUUAAAGAUGA